CACAGCCGCUUUAGUCGCCCGUUUGUGUGUAGUGAAAACAGUGAAAAUUAUUGAUAUAAAAAUAAUAUUAUGCCUGUUAAGUAAAGUUACAUUCAUAGGUAUAAUAUAUUGUGUACAUCAAUCACUGGAGAUAUAUUAUUAAUCACUAUUUGACCACAAUUUUCAAAAAUGGCUCGAAAUGCUGAGAAGGCAAUGACGACGUUGGCGCGCUGGCGCGCCGCACAGGUCCAGGAGACGGGGCAGCGCGAGCGCCGCCCCUACCUCGCAUCCGAGUGCACCGACCUCCCGCAGGCCGAGAAGUGGCGGUUGCAGAUCGUCCGAGAGAUUGCUAAGAAGGUCGCGCAGAUACAGAACGCCGGUCUAGGCGAGUUCCGGAUCCGCGAUCUGAACGACGAGAUCAACAAGCUGAUGCGCGAGAAGCGCCACUGGGAGGUGCAGAUCAAGUCACUCGGCGGGCCGGACCACGCGCGCGUCGGGCCCAGGAUGCUCGACCAAGAUGGACGGGAGGUGCCCGGCAAUCGGGGGUACAAGUACUUCGGAGCCGCUAAGGAUCUGCCAGGCGUGAGAGAACUAUUCGAGCAGGAGCCGCCGCCGCCGCCGCGGCGCACGCGCGCCGACCUCAUGCGAGACGUCGAUGCUGACUACUACGGCUACCGGGACGACGACGACGGUCUACUGAUCCCUCUAGAGCGGGAGGCGGAGAAAGAAGCCAUAGCGCGAGCUGUCGACGAGUGGAAGAGGAACAAGGAAGAGAACAAGGACCAGGACGUGCCUGAAGAAGAAAACAUUUACCCAGAAGAUCCCGACGAUAAACGAGUGGACGAUGAUGACGCUGAGCCACAGAUCAUCACCUCUCACGUGGCUGUGCCCUCACAGAAGGACAUAGAGGAAGCUCUACUCAGAAAGAAGAAACAGGAACUUCUAGAACGAUACGGCUGCCUCGACGUUAAAAUGGAAACCAGCUGACAACACUAGUCUAAUACUUCGAUUUAAUUAUUUUAAGUGUAAAUUGUGGAUGAGAAUGAGAGGACUGAAAGAAAUAAAACAAAAUUUAUUCCAUAA